GGCGGAGUGGGAAGAUGGCUGUAACAGCGGCUUGGAUGCAUGGCUCCUCCAAUAUGCGGCUAACCGAGGGUCUGGUGUCUGUUCUGAAGGAGCAGCGGCCCGAAUAUUUACCUGCACUUUUAGCGAAUUACCGGGAGCACGGCGUGUUCUCGACACAGAGUACUGGAACUGUGGGUUGUCUCGUGGGACUCAGCAACGCCAAACUCGGCAACAGCAAAACCAAGUUCGAGGGGCUGUGUCUUCUCUCAGUGCUGGUCAAAGACAGUUCUAGUGAUGUGUUCCAACAACACUGUCUCUCAUGGCUACGGUCCCUACAACAGGUCAUACAGUCCCAGGACCCCCUCCCGUCCGUCCAGCUAGCGGUGGGUGUCCUCCAGGACCUGCUCCAGUAUUCAUCCCAGCUACCUGAGCUAGCCAGGGAGGUGGGCCUCAACUCUGUCCUGGGGAUCCUCACCUCCCUGCUAGGCCUCAAGUCUGAGUGUCACCUAGCUGCCAUGGAGGGGAUGACUGCAUGUAUGACCUUCUAUCCCCGAGCCUGUGGCUCCCUGAGGGACAAACUGGGUGCCUAUUUCUUAUCCAAAAUGGACAGUGCCAACCCAAAAGUACAAGAGGUAGCAUGUGAGUGUUAUGGUCAUCUGACCUGUUUGGGCGGAGUGGUGGAGAGAGGGGGAGGCGGGCGCAGAGCCGAGGGAUGGACCAAUCAGCUUCACUGCCUGCUGGCCUCGGCCAAUGGCAUACUGGCACAACUCUACCAGGGCUCUGAAUCAGAAGGGACAGUGCAGUAUGAAGGGCCAGGUGUCGAGCUGCCCUACCAUCCUCUGGACGACUCAGACCCCCUCCUCCUGCUGCAGUUACAACACAGAUACAGAGCUGCCUGCCUGGCUCUCAAACACACACUCAGUGUGGACCCGGCCUCUGCAGUGCGUCUACCUGUACAGCAGGUGCUUAACCUGGUCUGUCGCGCCCUGGCAGUCAGCUCCAAGAGCAUAAAUGUAACAGGUGAUGGGUGUGUGAGGCUGCUGGUGUUGCCUGCCGUACACAAAGACACUCUACAGGUGCUGCACGCUCUCAUCGCAGCUUUAGGCAGUGGGUUGGUGCAGUACUCCAGUGUGCUCCAGAGACUGUUCUCUCAGACCCUGUCUGCCUGGACCCCUCUACCUGAAACCAGCCUGGGACAACAGAGAGCAUUCAGUGCAGUGCGUGUGUCCUUGUACCGUACCUUAGAACUCUGGGUAAGAGUGGGAGGAGCCUCAGCCAGUGUCUUGCAGGGAAGCCCCACCCACUCCGAGCUCCUAUUGGCCCACCUGCUGGGUGACAUCACACCAGGGGCGGACUCUGUUAGGCCCUCUAGCUCUCCUCAGCUCCGUGAUCUGGUUUCCAGCAAGCCCUGCCCUAAAAGCCGGAAGCCCGGAUUGGCUGUGAGCGACGGGGGCGGAGCCUCUUUCCAGAGGAAAGGAGACUCGCUGGCCAAUCAGGACACCUGCCUGUCUGCACUCAGAGCAUUGAGACAAGUCAUACUGACCAGUGGAUCUCUACUGAAGGAAGAUAUACACAAGCGUCUCCACGAUGUCGUCCUCCCCCUGUGUGUGUGUCUGCAGCAACAGCAUGGCGCUAACUGGAAUGACAGCGGGGCUGGGGGGGUGAGUGGCCAGUAUGGCAGUGCCACCCCCCGUAGGGAGCUGUACCGUCUGCUACUGGCUCUGGUCCUAGUGCCCGCACCGCGAUGGCCCCCACCCCUCACCUGUACUGUGUCCAUACUCAGCCACGGGAGGAGGGAUAGGAGUCUGAAGGUAUCCUCCUUCUGUACAGAGGCCCUGACCAUAUGCAACUCCCUCCUCCAUCCGCGCACCCCCUCCCUCUCUUUCCCCCUCACCCUCAAACCCACCCCCCCCCAGGCAUCCAACCUCACCCUCCCCACCCUCCUAGGGGGGCCCACCCCCGGACCUCCCUUCCCCAGCUCCCUGGACAACCACCUACCUCUGGUUCUUCCAGGGCUCUCCGGCGGCCAGAGACCCGUUUUCAUCCGUUACAACAAAGAAGAGGCAGAGGAUGUGGAGAUUUCGCUAGAGAGCGAUUCGGACGAUAGCGUGGUCAUCGUGCCACAGAGGAUGCUGAUGUUAGAAAGCCAAGAUGGCACCAGCGCUGCGGCCACUCUUCCCGGGUCUUCCUUAGCACCAGGUGGCGUCACACUCCCCGUGCCCUGUCCAGGGGGCGACAUCUCCCUCCCCCUUUCCAACGACCUUCCCUCUACCUCCCUCCCUCACCAUCUCCUCCCCUCCUCCACCCCAAACUCCACCAUCAACUCGUUCCCUCCAGCUCCGCUAGUCUCUCUGGUUCCCCCUCUCAACUCCACCGGUGUGGCCCAACUCGGGGCUGACUCCCUGCCUGGAGCCCAGCUCCAGCAGAUGUUGCUCCAGGGCCAGCCUCCAGCACCAGGUCAACCUACAGCACUGGAUCUCCCCAUACAGGUUUACCAGAACCAGUUAGUCCAGUCCAGCAGAGCCCUGCAACAGCAAUCCACUGACGAAGAUCACACUGUCAUUAAUAUCAACAGCUCUGAUGAAGAAGAGGAGGAUGAGCUGGAAGAGGAAGAGGAGGAAGAGAGCGAUUUCCCAGAUGAGGAAGAAUAUGAUGAUGAAGAGCUUGAUGAUUAUGAGGCGGAAGAGGGGGAGGAGAUGGAGGAUGAAGAAGAGGGAGAGAUUCGGCUGUUGGACGGAGAAGGGAGGAGAGGAGGGAUGGAAGGAGAGGUGCUCAGAGGGUUGGCGGAGGAGGGAGGGAUAGGAGGAUUCCGAGUGGAGAGCGAGGGGGAAGGAGGGAUAAAGGCUCAGGAGGUUGAGAGCAAGGGGGAAGGCGGGAUAAAGGCUCAGGAGGUGGAGAGUGAGGGGGAAGGAGGGAUAAAGGCUCAGGAGGUGGAGAGUGAGGGGGAAGGAGGGAUAAAGGCUCAGGAGAGAGCAUCGGAGUGA